UGACAUGAGUCAAGUAAGAGGCGAUGAGGUCGAACAAAAUCACUAACGUCUCAAAAAUACCACGUGAGAACGGCGGAGAGGUUCAAGUGUGAAGAUCUGGGAAGUGAAACAUGCCUGGGCUUCCACGCCUCUUUGCCCUGCAGGAAGUCAGAGAUGUCAGCGGUCAUGGUCGUGCACGGCGGGGCGUGGGCCAUUCCAGACCACCUGGCCGAGGCCUCUGUGGAUGGAGUCAAGGCUGCAGCAUGUGAAGGGUUUACUCUGCUGAAAGGUGGAGGAAGUGCAGUGGAGGCUGUGGAGGCAGCUGUGAGGGCGCUGGAAGACAACACUGCGUUCGAUGCAGGACACGGAGCCGUGCUAAACACUGAUGGAGAAGUGGAGCUGGAUGCCAUCAUCAUGGAUGGAAAGACACUGGCCUGUGGUGCUGUGUCUUGUGUGAAAAACAUUGCCAACCCGGUGUCCCUGGCACGAGCGGUGAUGGAGAAGACCGCCCACGUCAUGUUGACAGGCAGAGGAGCGAACAUGUUUGCAGAGAGCAUCGGCGUGGCCACAGUCCCCACCGAGACUCUGGUGACGGAGAACGAGAGGAGGGAGUGGGAGAAACAGAAGAAUUAUGCCACUGGAGUGAUGGAGGAAUUUAACUCUCAGUGGGCCCAUGACACAGUGGGAGCCGUUGCUGUGGACGGUGCUGGUAAUGUCGCAUGUGCAACAUCAACUGGAGGGAUCAGGAAUAAAAUGGUUGGCAGAGUAGGAGACUCUCCAAUUAUUGGCUCUGGAGGAUACGCAGACAACUGCAGUGGUGCAGUGUCUUGUACCGGUCAUGGAGAGUCCAUUCUUAAAGUCACAUUGGCCAGACUCAUUCUUUCACAUAUAGAACAAGGUAAAUCAGUGGCAGACGCCUCACAGUUGUCUCUGAGGUACAUGGGCGAGCGGGUUCGAGGUGCAGGGGGUGCGAUUGCAGUUUCUCCAUCAGGGCAGUGGGCAGCCACGUUCACCACAGAGCGAAUGGCUUGGGCGGCAGUGGAAGAGGAUGUUCUGUGGUUUGGAUUAGACCCAGAUCAAAGAUUAAAAGAGCAUUUGUCCAAAUAACAAUGUUAGGUUCUUUGUCCUCAUUAGUUGUAUUGAGGAAAAACAAAAGAGAACAGUAUUUUAAUUAUGUGUUUUACUAAUCUGCCAUGCUGAACCGUUCUCUACGGUUGUCUGUAGCCAUAAGUAAUACACAGUAUUUUCUUGUCAGAUCUUCAUACUCUACAUACAGUGUUGUGCAUGAACGGACGCAAAAGAGCGCGUUUAUUGAACACGUUCACUUUUAUGAGAACGAUGAACUGAACGCAGCUCAAUGACAAAUAAUGAAUUUGAACGGUGAACACGUUUAUAAUGUAGCGUCCUUAGACGACAGGAAACUUCUCUCUUUAUGUGUAACUUUAUUAAAGUCCAGCGAACACGACACACUUCUUGUUCGUAACUUCAACACUCCUACCCAAUAACUCUUGGAGUGUAAACAGAUGCACACACCGGCAGACAAAUUUGUAAGCUAUAAAAAAAACAAUAAAAAUAUCAAAUAAAAAAAUAUCAAAAGAGUCCUGCACAACAAUAACAUUAAGCAGUCGCUGGCAGUGAAAUGCUUGAGUCACAGGCUCUCUUCUAGCAAUGCUCAAGUAAUUACAACCCAAAAUAUAAUAGAAAUAGUAUAAAAUAGAAUAUCAACAUUUAAAAUAGAAAAUAAAGUAUAUAUAUAUAUAAAUAUAUAUAAAAACAGCUGACACUUAGACAGUGGGGAACCGAUCCAGGUGUUGUCCAUCCAGUUAUGUUUUUUUGUUGUUACUCCUUGGAGUCGGACCAAUGACCACCGUUGGAUUCUCUGCCCAUUGUCCAACUUUCUGCCACUAGUCCACCGCCUCUCCAGAUCUGAAGAAGUGUUUUAAUUUUGAAACGCUAUUAAAAGGUGCAUUUUAUUGAUUGUGAGUUGAUACAAGUCCUGAAUGUCUGUGAAAUAUGUCAGAGUUUUGUUUCACCUCUUGACACCUAUCGGCAUUAUUGUGCGAGGGGUGAGUGGACAGGUCCAUCCCGGGAUGGGACCUCACUCACCUGCUCUUUAUGCAAAUAAACACCUACAUUAUUUAGGAUUUAAAAAGGAACAA